CCGGGCCUCGGUCUCUCUGUCAAACCCUGAGCGGAUUGUUUGUUGUCAAAAUGGAGUUCCUACUUGGCAACCCGUACAGCACUCCCGUGGGCCAGUGUGUAGGGCCGGCUGCUUUUUCCUCUAUAGCGAAUAAGGGAGAGUCACUGAAGAUCCCAGUCUUUCCCUUAUUCUUAACCAAACUCGCCCCCCCCCCUUGUGAUGGGGAAGAACCACGCAUUGCUCCACUCCAACUCAUUGAUGCAACUGGAUAGAAAAACGGUUUGGAGGAAGGAAGUCCCAUAGAAUUUGACCACCUACGGGUCAAACUGCUUUGUGCCCAGACGAGACGGGGAACCAACUUGUGAGCAUUGUCUCCAGCAUUUUGCUCGUCCAGGUCAGGCAUUGGGCUGCGGGGCAGUACAUCUUGGACUCUCUGACAAAGAUGACAGUGUCUCCAAGCCCGAUGUCUCCGGUCGAGUUGCUGCACUGUGCGGACUCCAGCAGCCAGCCGUCUGUGUGGCUGUUGCGGGGGUGAAAGCAGCAGCAGCAGAGCGAAGGAUCAACUCUCCUGACACAAUAAAGAGAGAGAGAGAGAGAGAGAGAGAGACAGACAGAGGAGACAGAAAGCACCUGAUGAGGGAUGCACUGGGCGUUACUCGGACACAGAGAAGGGUUAGAGGUGGUGAAUGAUUGCUUGGCACAGCCUGCCACCGGGACCAUGUGAUCGACUGGCUCCACUGGUGUGGCGUUGAUGUCCCAGGACCGGGGAGGGGUUGACACAACACCACACCACGAACGAAUGCACUCAGCAGGCAUUUACUAGAGGGCCACAGAUGGAGGCCUACAGAAUGAGGACUGGACGCUCAACAUGGAAAUCUGCGAUAUCAUAAAUGAGACAGACGAAGGGCCAAAAGAUGCCAUGCGUGCGCUGAAGAAGAGACUUGGCGGCAACAAGAACUACAGAGAAGUGAUGCUGGCGCUGACGGUAUUGGAAACAUGUGUGAAGAACUGUGGUCACAGGUUUCAUGUCCAGGUGGCAAACAGAGAUUUCAUCGACGGCAUUUUGGUCAAAAUCAUCUCUCCCAAAAUCAACCCUCCGACUAUUGUACAAGACAAAGUGCUGUCGCUCAUACAGGCCUGGGCUGAUGCCUUCAGGAGCAGCCCUGAUCUUACUGGGGUGGUCCAUAUUUAUGAGGAACUGAAGAGGAAAGGCAUUGAAUUCCCAAUGGCCGACCUGGACGCAUUGUCUCCGAUUCACACACCACAGAGGGGUACACCUGAGGUGGACCCAGCCAUGAUCAAGUACCUCGCCCCUGCAUCACCUGCUGCUGCGACUCCAAAACCUGCCCCGACCCCAACCCUGACCCUGACCCCAACCCCGACCCCUGUCUCUGCCACACAGAUCCCCCACAUGCCCAGCCCCAUCACAGCAACCCCUGAACAGAUCGCCCGGCUGCGUAGUGAGUUGGACAUAGUGAGAGGAAACAUCAAGGUCAUGUCAGAGAUGCUAACAGAGAUGGCCCCUGGCCAGGAAGAGGCCUCUGACCUAGAACUGCUGCAGGAGCUGAACAGGACAUGCAGGGCGAUGCAGCAGAGAGUGGUCGAGCUGAUUUCACGUGUCUCAAACGAGGAAGUGACCGAGGAUCUGCUACAUGUCAAUGACGACCUCAACAAUAUUUUCCUGCGAUAUGAGAGGUAUGAGAGGUACAGGUCGGGUAGAGCCUCACACAACGGGAUGUUGAAUGAGGCCACAGAGGACAACCUGAUAGACCUGGGCCCAGGCUCCCCCGCGGUGGUCACUCCCAGGAUCACAUCCAGCCCUCCAGCCCACUCCACUGCCGGGGCCUCCGCCUCUGCCUCCCCAGCCCGUAACCCCACUACAGCAUCGCCGUCCACUGCAAUAGCUGGCCUGGAUGUGGGUUCCGACAGCGUGACUGGCACUCUGUCGUCUCUGUCAGGCCGCAACCGGGACGACUUUGACAUGUUUGCUCAGACCAGGAGCAGCUCUCUGGCCGAACAGCGCAAAAAUGUAAAGUAUGAGGACCCGCAGGCUCUGGGCGGCCUGGCCUCAGCUUUGGAUGUGAGGCAGCAGAAUGCAGGAGGGCUGAGGGUAGAAGGGGAUGAUAACCCAGCAGAUCAGGAGCUGCCCAUAGACAGCUGGCUUAUUACCCAAGGAAUGAUCCCUGUAUCGCAGUCCUCUGUCAUGGAUGACAUAGAGGAGUGGCUCUGUGCUGACGUGAAAGGGGACGCCGCUGAGGAAGGGGUAACCAGUGAAGAGUUUGAUAAGUUCCUGGAGGAGCGGGCGAAGGCAUCAGACACCGUUGGAUCUCCACCGGGAGCUAACCCUGCUCAUCCAGCCCGAGCCCCUGGUGGCUCCCGCAAGAAGGCUGAACGGACAGAAGACGCCCUCUUUGCCUUGUAGACUGUUCUCAGAGCACCUUGAUGUCUCUCCAGGGCAUCUACAGGUACUCGCCCUAGAUGAUUCCCCACCACACAGCCUCUCUAGUCCCGUUUCACCGCUGCCUGGCAGUGCUGUAGUAAGUGAUCUCCUACUCCUCUUCGUCAUUCUCAUGCCACAGUGUUACUCUAAAAUACAGAGGUCAAACAUGUGUACUGCGCACUACUGUGCUGCAUUUAACUAUAUAUGGAUGUAUUAAUCCGUUAUUGUGGGAUGUACUGCUCGCUGCCCUGCAACAAUCCACCAAAGGAAGAAGACCUAAUUUGUCUGAUGUAGUUUUAAUAAGUGGAAUAUUGCUACAAGAUGAAUGGAAAAUCUGAAUGCAGCUCCAUGCAUUUGAGUCAGUAUGAAAGCACACAAUUAGGACAAUAUUGUGCUGUUUUACCACAUUCAGCUUAUUGCUAAUUUAUGCAUUUAUAGUUUUAAUGGUAUGUUCUGUACUCUGUACUAGUGCUGUUGUAAUAUGGUCGGUCCAUGCAUUUUUUCCCGACAAGUACACCACUUAGACUUUUAGUCAUGCUUUUAAAACUGAAAUAUGUGUGGAAUGCAAACAUGUGUUAUAACCCAGUUUGCCUGAAGCAGUGUAGAGAAAAUAGUUAUGUUAGCAGGCCAAUUUUGCUAACCGGGCAUAUCAUAGCUGAAUCACAGCUAAUUUUGAUGAGUGCAUGCCAGCAUUUGUUUAACCAAAGGGAAUAAAAAAAACAAAAAUCUAAAAAGCAGUAGUUAAGAUUCUCUGCUAUGUAUUUCUAAUGGCUAAGGGGAAGGAACAUGCCCAUGGAAUAAUUCCCAUCUGUCUCUUCAGUCCUCUGAAAAGCCACAACAAAUUAACUAAGUGAAAACACGUUCAGCCAUUCCAAAGACUAUGAGGCUUUAAUGAUCAACCAGCACUUAAUGUUGCCUAUCGAACAAUAAUCACGUCCGUGCGUUUAUAAAUGUUCAGGGAUAAUGAACAUUUUCCUUCCCCUGCUAUAAUUAAUGUCUACACUUUGAAGCAAAAACAAGUCUGUAUUUUGUCCUUUGUGUUUACAAGAUGGUUACUAUUUUUCUAGGGGACGGGAAGCGGUCUUUAGAUUGACCUCGUUUUGCACAGAACUUUUCUAAUGUAUAAUUGCAGCUCUUGUACCCGGAGAGGUGGAUAGACGAGAUGUAAAAUUUAUGAUUGAAAAAACGUUUUAAGAGUACUAGGAAUGCAAAAACUUGCUAGACAAAAGAUGGCAUUUAAAUUUUAGGCAUGACUUUAAGCUGCCAUCAUACCUGACUGAAUGACUCAAAGUAUAGCUUACGAUAAUGCGCUGUUGUAGAGGAUGUAUUCACAUAGGUAGAUCUUCACUUACUCUAUUCUCUGUAAUCUAUAUACCUCAAAAUACAGGCAUUUUUGUUUCUGUAUCUGGUUAAAUUGUAUUUGCUCAUAAUAUCCAGAAGGCAGAGAUGUAUUAUUUGAUCCUCUGAUUGUAUUUUUUUAUAGGUCAUAGAGAAAAAUAGAAAAAAAGAUAGAAAAAAACCAACAUGUUUGUACCACUUCAUCUUGUAUGGUUCAGGCAUGUAGCAAACAAAUACAAUUGUACUUUAUUUGAUUUGCGCAGUCAAAAACAAUAUUUUAAUUCUGGUAUGAUUCAUCUGCUCUUGUUAGAGCGGUUGCCAAGGAUUUCUUUGAUUGACCAAUUUUGGCAAAGUAGCUCUGGCUGGCAUUUGCUUUUGGUGUUCUAAAAAAAAAAAGCAAUCCUGCCUUUAUUCCAGCUCUUUUGUUGAUUCCCUGGUUUGUUUUAACAUUGCUCUUAAAACAUUUUUUUUUCCUUUCAGUCCAUUUAUGACCAAAAGCCUUGUCAAUCAGAGGCAGUCCAUUUAAAACCCCUCCCAAGUUGGGAAAGUCUAAUCAAACUUUCUUGUUUAAUUAUCUGUUGUCAAAUAGUCCUUCCACUGGAGGGAAGUAUUCAUGAAUUAUAAGCAUCUAUGUAUCCCAUCAUGAUUAGAUAUUUAAAUGCAUAUUAACUGAUGAAAAAUAAUGACUAAUGAGCUGUAACUGUCUUAAACGCAGUGAGGUUACAUAUGGUUAUAUUGGUUCAAUAUGGUUGCCAGGUAACUGAGAUAUUAGCAUUAUAUUUGCAAUCAACCAUUUCAUCAUUUUUGAAAACUAAACAAAAAAAUUAAUGUAAGAGAAGGUCCUUUAAAAGGGAACCUUUUUCUGUGUUUGUGUGUUAUGUAGCUCUGGAUCUGUAACAGAGCGUAAUGUGUUACUUGCUUUUAUGAAGCUUAAGUCCAUAUGGCAACAUGUAUUCCUCGCACUCAUGGCUAUCUCAACAUGGUUUCCGAAUGUCUUUUAAUACUGAGGAGACAAAGCAUUUAGUAGAUAUAUUGUGGACAUGGAAAAGAGGCUUGUUUUCUGUUGGCAGGGCUCCCAUGUCUGUUUUUGGCUGUGCCGACUGCUGCCAUUACAAAUGGUAACAUUUUGUUUUUGACCUAAUGCACGUACAAACUGUAACUGCCCAAUAAAACACUAGCAAUGUGUGACCUCUA